AUGCAUCCGACUUCACUGGCCAUCGGAACCGGGCUUUCAUCCGGAAUACUUGCCCAUAUUCUAAUAUUCAGCAAGUGGGAGUGGGAUCUUUACACCAUCAAGAUACUACAAGGACUUCUCAUAGUCAUUGUUCUCCUGGCACUGAGCUUCAAGAGGCUGGGAACUACAGAGGCUGGGUCGCCGUACAGCGUCUUCGAAUCUACCAUAGCAUCCAUAUACAUGGUGUCUUUGAUGGUUUUAGGGACCUUUUGCAGCAUAUUCCUUUAUCGCAUCUGCUUCUUUCAUCGCUUGUACCAGUUUCCGGGUCCUCUCAUGGCCAAAGUCUCCAAUUUAUAUCUCACCAGGCGUUCCGUCGCCCGAUUCCAGCUCUACAAAGAGAUCCAGAACCUCCAUAGAAUAUAUGGGGAUAUUGUGCGAGUAGUAGGGCCUUCAGCACUAUCGAUCCUUGAUGCAAAGGCCUUCCAUGCCAUACACGCCAACAAUUCGCCCUGCCGCAAGGGACCUUGGUACAAUAUCGAAGAGCCGGCCAUCUCUCUCCACAUGUCGCGCGAUAAGAACGAUCAUUCUCGUAGACGACGAGCUUGGGACAGGGCGUUUAGCUCAAAGGCCCUCCGAGAUUACGAGCCCCGCGUUGUCAAAUAUACCAGCCAAUUACUCAAUCGACUAGAACAGAGCCAAGCCACAACUAUUGACAUUGCGAAGUGGUUCAAGUUUUACAGCUUCGACACCAUGGGUGACCUGGCUUUUGGUCAGAGCUUCAACAUGCUAACAGGCGGCGUUAAGCAUCCAUUCAUGGCAUUGGUUGAGUCGCAUAUGGAAAUAGCCGGUACCUUUAGUCAAUUGAUCUGGAUGUUUCCCUUAUUCAGAGCGCUGCCGUUUCUUGGUCGGGAAGAUGCUAUCUUCCAGAAAUGGCUUGGCGAUCAAGUUCAACAUCAAGAACUGAAUAAGCCUGAUCUUCCUAAUAUCUUCUCGUGGCUCCUUGAAGAUUAUAAAUCCAAGAUGAAUCCAAAAGAACAGGAUUGGCUGAACCUCCAAGCUGAUAUGCAGCUUAUAGCUGUUGCUGGAAGUGACACUACAUCUGAGGAGAUCGACAACUUAUUUUCCAGCUCUUCACUACCUAAUCACUCGAAACUUUCCGAGUUGACAUACCUACAAGCAUGUAUUGAUGAGACACUCCGACUUUUUCCUCCAGUGCCCUCUGGGUUGCAGCGUAUGACACCUCCAGAAGGGCUACGAGUCGGUGACAUCUUCAUCCCUGGAGAUACCAUAGUGACUGUUCCAUCCUACACGCUAUAUCGAGAUGAACGGUACUUCACCGCUCCUGAUGACUUCGUCCCAGAGCGCUGGACGACAAACCCAGAGAUGGUAAAGGACGGUUCGGUAUUUGCUCCAUUCUCAUUUGGACGCUAUGCAUGCAUGGGUAAGCAACUGGGUCUCAUGGAAGUGGGUUACGCUACGUGUAUUAUCUUGCAUCGCUUCGAUAUCUGCCUUGCUGGCGAGGGAGCUUCAUCAAAAUUGGCGUUCCUCAAAUGGCUUGAAGACCAUUUCACUCUGGAUGCCCCUGAGCUUCAGAUGCUUCUUACAGCUAGGAAGAAAUAA